AUGGACGAGAAGACAGAGACGAAUCGAAAACACGAAGCCAAAGGUGAAGAGAGCGAAACGGAAGAGGGACAAGAAAGGGAAGAUGAUGAAAAGCAAAAUCAAGAACAAGACACGAUGGAUCAAACAUUUGCAGGCGCCAGUGAUGGACACCCCAAUGAUCUAGAGCUUACAAUCUGCCCUGGCACCACUCAAACCCACGAGGUUGACGAAGACAUCUUCUUGAAGUCUGGUGUAGACCUUCAGGAGAGCGAAGAUGAGGGUCAACCGCUUCAUUUACGGUUUGUUGCUUUCCAAGAAGAGCAUGGGCGGUUCUUUCAGGAGGUCAAGGCAAUUUGGGAUCACCUGAAAGAAUGGGGAGACGACUUACGUGCUACCAAGAUCCAAUUUCAUGUGAACGGCAACUCUCUUUACGAAUUCCUCGGGCCAGAGUUCUGCGAAGCAGGGGCAGAAUGCUUUAGAGACAGCUCAUCGCUUUGGUUAGCGAAUUUGCCUGCUUUACCAUCAUUACCGUCUGUAAGAGCUCUGCGGGUUCGGGAAACCAUCAACGAGCAGAUGGACUUGUGGCCAGCGAUUGUGUCGAGCCACAUUGCGAACACCUUGCCUGCACUCGAAUUGCUGGACUUCGAUAGUUUUGAUUGGGAACAGAAGUGGCCGUUACUCAGGAAAUACCUUCGUGCUGCUCUCGCUUGUCAAAUAUCGACAUUGCCUGCACCACUUAAGACUAUGCAUCUGAGUCUUGAAUAUGCCACGAUUGAAAACCACGAGGUCCAGCCACAAAACUUCCUCAUCAGAAACACAGACACACUGUCGAGAUCUUUACACUUUUUGUCGACCGGCUUAACGACAUUGACUCUACGUGUCAGCUAUAUCACUGUGUCUCUUUUUUGGGAUAUGAAUACUCCGACCAAUAAUACGUGCAUAUCAAGGUGGCCGAACCUCAAAGUAUUCGAUAUCACUACAGGUUUCGAAAUGGCCACAGGCGAAUACUGGUUUCGCAGCGACGAGGACUAUCCGAGCCUCGAUGGAAACUUUUAUGGCGCACGAGGGAAUUGGGACCCUGAGGAGCAAACCGCCGAAGAUCUACUAUACACGCGUGCGGGUUUGAUGCCAAUGCGAUGCUUCCGAACGCGGCCCAAGCCGAAGCUAUUCGACGAACUCGCACUCAGUGUUUCUCAUGCUGCAGCGCAAAUGCCAAAGCUUGAGUAUUUCGACUUGGAGUUUAACGCAAUGCAUCAGAAGAAGUCUUCCCGCGGUACCUUUAACAAAGAGUUCGAGGAAUAUGAAGGCUGGGGUUUCUACUUCCGAGCGUCAGAUCAAGCAAAGUUUGCUUCGACAUUUGUCAAGCCUUACUGGUUCAAACACAAGCCCGGCAUUGACCUGACGAACAUUGAUCGUGCGCGGACCGAGUGGGUAUUCCAAUGUCCGUACGAGCAGGUGCAAUGGGAGGAACCCGAGGAGGCGAAGUUACUCUGGCAAGAAAGAAGCGCUCACGUUGACUUUGAUGUGGUAACCUUCGACUACAACAACCAGCGGUGGGAGAGGCGGAGGAAUGGAGCGUUGAUACUUAGCUCUCAAAAGGACUGA